AUGAUGUGGCGUAUGCGCCGUCGCUCCAGGACAAUCUGUCUGUCCUUGGCCUUCGUCUCGAUUUUCCUCCACCUCCUCCUGGCACUUGUCUCUCUUUCCAUUUACCACCAGCCCUGUGACCCCCCACUGCCACCCAGGACACACAUCCUGAGAGACCUGGCACGUGCAAACUACACCUCUGUGGGGAUCAGUAGUCUAGCUGAGUCACCAACUGAUACCACACAAAGAGAUUCUUCCAAUUCAGAUGCCAAUAAGGAUGCCAAAGGUCAUGUGCAAACACUUCCUGUCAAGGGCUUGCCAGUGAAAGAGAGUAAAAAUGCCUCAAUGAACAUGCCAGUCAGUGCUGUUCAUGAUGGCGCCAGCAAAGCUGAACCUUUGGAGUCUGGGCUGUCAAAGCUGGUGGCACUAUUCGACCACCCCCUUUACAAUAUGCCCAGCCCACCCAUUCCAGAGGAAGAUUGGCUGCUGAAAGUCAAACCAAAGGUCAAGGCCAGUGAGAAGAGCUCCCAGAUGUGGGUGACUGAUAGUCAGGAAGGGUACGAGGAUGUCCAGUGGAACAGCAGCAGUAACAGCCACCCCCCCUGGCUGCGCUUUCACCUGAGUAUCUCCCGCUGGCAGCUCUACCCCCAUCAUGACCCCAACAUGGAGCUUUUGACCCAACAGCUUGCCACACACCGCAUCAUCAGUGCAGUGCAGAAGUCUGGGGGGACACAACUGAAGCUGGUGAUGUCAUUUCACAACUAUGGACAAGCCAUGUUCAAACCCAUGAAGCAAGAGAGAAAUGAAGAAACCAAUUACAAUCUCUACUAUUUCUCAGACUUUGAGAGACACAAUGCAGAAAUUGCAGCUUUUCACCUGGACAGGAUUUUGGGUUACAGGAGAGUCCCUCCAGUAGUUGGGAGGCAGGUGGAUGUGGUCAAGGAGAUCAAAGACAUCACUAUCGACCGCAAACUGGCCCGCACCUUUUUUACCUCCCCUGUGGGAAGUGUCUGUUUCUAUGGCCAGUGCACGUACUACUGUUCCACAGAGCAUGCCGUGUGCGGCCGUCCAAGGACCCUGGAGGCCUCUUUGGCUGUCAUGCUGCCUGAUCUAUCCCUGGCGUCCCGGAGGUCGUGGAGAUCCCCCUGGAGACGCUCCUACAGCCGCAGCAAGCUGGCAAAAUGGGAGACAGAACCAGACUACUGUUCGACAAUAAAAAAGACGCCACCAUACAACAAAGGCACAAGACUGGUAGACUUAAUAGAUAUGGUCAUACUGGACUUCCUGAUGAGUAACAUGGACAGGCACCACUAUGAAACUUUUGAGAAGUUUGGCAACAAUACUUUUCUGCUACACCUUGACAACGGGAGAGCAUUCGGGCGCCACUCCAAAGAUGAGCCAUCUAUCUUAGCUCCUUUGGAACAGUGUUGCAGAAUCCGUCGAUCCACCUGGCUACGCCUGCGUCUCCUGUCUCUGCCUCAGUAUCGUCUCAGUGAUGUCAUGCGGGCCUCGCUAUCCCAUGAUCCCCUUCACAGUGUGGCCCCACUGCUGUCGGAGCCCCACCUCACUGCUCUCGAUCGGCGUUUGAAAACUGUGCUUGAAACUGUAAGUCGUUGUCUAAAGCGACAGAGUAAGGAUAGCAAUGAUGAGGUCAUCUACGACGACAUUGCUUCCUUGAAAGACAUGGUCACUCCUGCUGGGUAGAGAAGUAACACCUCUGGUAUGUUAUGAUAUAUAUGUACAGUACCAGUCAAAUGUUUGGACACACCUUCCCAUGCCAUUGAAUGAGAAAGUGUAUCCAAACUUUUGACUGGUAUUGUAUAAUAUUACAUGUCGCACUAGCACAUGCAAGUGGUGUCAGUUAUAUUAAGUGCCACAUUUAAUGUCACACUUUUUUGAGCUGUCACAAAUUUUGGGUUCUACAACAUAGAUACUGUACAUUACAGCCACUGAAUGUAAUGGUGUCCCAGGAAAAGGGAACAUAGUUUUCAGAGGGGUAGCAUCCAAAAAUGCAUUACAAAUUCAUGUUGCCAACUUAGUAUUAAAUUAUAGGUUUUAUGAUUAGAUUUGAGGGCUGUUAAUAUACAACUUUCCUAGAAGUAUUGAAUUUUUGAUGUAAAAAUACUAAGAAGAGAAAAAGAAAGAUAUUGUAUUGUUCUUGCCAUUUAAUUGAAAAUUGAUGCAUUUAAAUGUGAUGAAAACAAAAUUGUUCUGUUAUAGAUUAAUAUAUGUGUGUCUUUGUGUGUGCGGUCAGGAAGGGGAUUUGUGACCAUGUGUUGCAGAUGCAGUUUGACUGGUGGGGAAUGGUGCCAUGUACUUGUGUACACCGUGUAUUUUAGUUUAGUUUUGUCCAUUUUUUUGCAUUCUGAAAUCAUUUCCCUCAAUGUCAACAAAUUACUUUGACUGUGAUGACCGCUAUUUGAAACAAAUAUGUUUCAAAGGCGAUUUACAGAUAAUGUCAUGUACAUUUUUAGUAAAAUCCACAUUUUGGUCCAUUUUGUUAUUUGAUUAUUCUCUCCAAUGCAAUUAACAGUACAGUGUUAUAUGGCUCAGUAUAUAGCUUAUAGUAUAUGGCUGAGUAUUGUUCUGACAUUUUUCCCUGUUUUUUUCCCCCUGGAUUAUAUUUCCCAAAUAUAUCUCUAUAUAUGAAUGGUCCAAUAUGCACUGUGGUCCUUGGAAUAUUAAAAAAAAUAUGUCCUUGGCAUUGACCGUGUUAAGCAAAAGCGUUGUGAUGAAAUAAUCUCAACAAAUUCCCACAAGGAAAUUGAAAUGGGGGAAGACAAAGUAAUAAUGUUCUCCUUCAUUUAAUUUGUGUUGAAUCAAUAUUUUUUGGUUUGUUGGUUUACACUAAACUAAGAAACGGCAAUUAAACUGGUAAACUAU